AUGCCCGAACCAGGGCUAUACACACUCCGCAUUAUCGCCUAUGACAGCAGAGUCCAGAUUGACACCUAUCCGUUAGCUCCUGCACGUAUGCUGGGCAUUGAGUGUCCGUUGCUAAACGCCAAACGCAAGCUGGACGACGUCCUUGCUCCUAAAACUCUGCCCACGGGCUUCCUACAGCAACUGGGGCACAAGCCGUUUGCCGCAUUCGCACCCAUCUCGACAAUUUCGGCUCGAAUACAAAACUCCUCCAACCACACCUACGAUGACCACGAAAAUGCGAUAGCCAGACAAGAGCGAAGCUACUCUCUGACCUCUGCCUUCCUCUACAACGUAAUAUCUGGCGAAGCUGAGGCAGGAAACGUGUCACCACCAGCUCGUUGUCGAUGGAGGGCAGCCGUGGCCAGGAGACAAGACUUCGACGGGAGCGUGUUCGAGUACACUGAGUGGGCCAUGAGAUUCCUUUCGAACCUAUUUUCCUACGAGGCACCAGUCCAAAUCGAGUUCGACGACGUUCUAAGCAACAAGACCGCCUGA